UAGGUUGUGCAACGGCCAAUAUUGAGAGAUGACAAAACUUGAAAUAGUAUCAACAUGUGUAAUUAGGUCCCAAAAAUCCAUAGAAAAAAAAAUCCAGUUAACUCCAUGGGAUCUUCAUGUCCUCACAGUGGAUCCUAACCAAAAAGGAUUACUUUUUCGUAAACCAAAACAUAAAGAAUCAUCAGAAAUUUUUAUCAAUCGCCUAAAAAUUUCACUUUCUAAAACUCUAAACUAUUUUCCUGUCCUGGCGGGUCGACUUGUUGCAAGUAAAAACAGUGAUGACGACACCUUAUCUUUCUCUGUUGAUUGCAGCAAUGAAGGAGCUGAAUUCACACAUGUCACUGCAGUACCUGACUUGAAUGUGGCUGAUAUCUUGGAACAAACUUACGUGCCAAAGAUUGUCAAGUAUUUUUUUCCACUCAAUGGAAUACGCAACUAUGAAGGUGUUUCGAAACCAUUGUUGGCCGUUCAAGUGACUGAGCUAGUGGACGGAAUCUUCAUUGGUUGCACUAUGAAUCAUUGUGUAGCGGACGGGACUUCAUUUUGGCAUUUCUUCAAUUGUUGGUCUGAAAUAACACGCAAUAGCGAUUAUAAGCUUAUUGUUAAUAAACCGCCGGUUCUGGAUCGUUGGUUUCCUGAAUUUGUUGCUAGUCCAAUUCAUGUACAGGAACAUGAUGUACAUGAUGAUGAUGAAUAUGAUGAUGUACCUUUGUUAGAAGAAAGAGUUUUCCAUUUUAGCAAGGAGAACAUAGCUCACCUCAAAGCCAAAGCCAAUUCUGAAUAUGGUAACGAUGACCAAAAUAUUUGUAUCUCUUCAUUACAAGCUCUUUUGGCUCAUCUCUGGCAAUCUGAAAUCCGUUGCCGUUGUGAUACCAACGCUGACGAAACUUUUAGUUUCAAAUUACUUAUAGGUACAAGGCCAAGGCUUCAACCGCAUUUACCUCAAGCCUAUUUUGGAAAUGCCAUGCAUUUUGUAGACGUCAUAACUGUUGGGUUAUGA